UCUCCCCCUCUAUCGUCACUUCAUCAUUAUCGAGGGGCAUCAAUAAUGGAGUCGUCACCUCCAACUUCCAGUUCUUCUUCUCCAAAGAGGCAACGCCACAUCUGGUCCAGUCGUGUGCAUCGCGAGCUGGAAAAAUGUCGUGUCGCUGGUGCUCUACCACGUGGCGCUACAUUGCGACGCGCGCAGAUCUCAGAGACUCGCGGUGUAUGCGAAGGCGAAUUCCAGUGCUUCGUGCCCUUUGUUGACGGCUCAGACGCUUUAUCACUAGUACCGCGAACAGAUCUGGUCGUUCGUAUGCCCUUUUCGGAUGAGCAAGUAGCAGAAGGCCAAGCGCAGUACCCAUUUCUAGCGCCCGAAGUGGAGAUCCGUCAUGGCGCCAUCUACUUACCGACCGAGUUGCGCGAACGAAAAGUACCCAAACUCGAAGGAGAAGAACCCAUUUUUCUACUCAAAUUACCAUUAUUGGAAAACUGGAGUCCGUCCACCACGCUCAAAAUGCUAGUACAAGAGUUCUUCCAGCGGGUGCAGCAGGACGACCCCGCUCCGUCCAAGUCCCCGUCGACCAAGAGCUCCUCGAAGCACGAACGUGGACACAACAAUGGGCGCGGUAAGAAACCCAUGAGGAUGCGCAAAAGGGACGUGCGUGGAGCAGUAUACCCUUGUCAGGAGGUGGACCCUACGACGUCCACAUUGAAGCAGACACCCAUGUUGUUGCAGUCCGGCAAUAUCGCAUUGCUCAUGCCAUCGAAAGAAGUGGGUACCCAAAAAGACGAUGACUAUGUGUAUGUAGGAGACUUGAUCUCUCUCAAUGACGUGGUACGCAUCACUCCGCAGCGAGGCAAGUCCCUAACGCUGUUCUUUAAGAACCGAUCACUUUCAUGCCGAACGUUCUUAAGUCAGUACACGGACGAGAUCGUCAAAGAUCUACGAACCAUGAUCCGAGACCCACGAACGCAACGUGGUCAAACUGGAGAUGCGGGAUCGGCGCAGUUGUUGCCAUUUUUGAGUGCAGAGCAGGCGGAAAAGGCCAAGGAGAUGUCGACCAAGUUCAUGGGCAGACUUGGGAAAGUUGCCACGUCCGUUUCUCGCUUCCUUCGCGGCGAUGAAGAUGAGGCAAUGGAGCAAGUGGAUCCUUUAGCCAAGGCGUUUGCAGAAAUUGACGCGCAGAAAGAAGCAUUCUACCGUACGCCGUCUAAAAUCAGGAUGACGGAAAUCACGCGACGCUACCAGAAUAUCGCUGAGGAAUACGCGUACCUUAACAACCAGGAGGGCCACGUCGAACGAGCCAUUUCAGAGCUGCAGGUUUUCAUCGAACACCCCAAAGCACAGCGUAUUCUAAUGGAAACCUGCGCAUAUGAGCAGUCGACAAAGGGUAUUCGUGUCGGCCCAGCUUAGAUUCAAGCCAAGACCACGUACCCAGGAUAUCUCUACCUGGACGUCAAGAGAGAUACAAGCUAAGUACUCCUAAUUCCUGUGAACCCAGGAAAUGCGUCACUUACAUGUUCCAGUCAAAUUCGGUGAAAAACUAUCAAAUUCAAACCCAUUUCCACUUUACUGGUCUUGCAGUGCCGGGAUCGAGGACAAAUAUUUGACCAUUUGCUUGAUGACCUUCUUGUCCA